CUCAAAACCGAACUCACACACGUUUACUUACAAUUUACGCAGCCGCCUCGCCUCAAUGCCGCCGCCGCAGUGAAUCGUCCUUCGACUUCGAAGCCUCUUUCCGGUCUACCAACGAACUUCUUCAGCAUUGUAACUGAAGCGUACAAUUUUAUGGCCGAGAAUCAAGCUUAAACAAUAUCCUGCUACCCGAUGCACUUCACUGACAUGGUUGCUGAGAAUAAGACAGGUCUGAGUUCAUUGAAGUUCAAAGUAACUACCAAAGGUAUAUGGAAUGUAGUAGAAGAUAAGUUACGCGAAGGCACUGAUGGGCCUCAUAUGUGUCCUGUGGAAAAUGUUAUGGUGAAGCCAUCUACGCCAGUGAAGUCGGGCACGCGGAGGCCAGAAAGGUCUCUUGAUGGCCAAAGGUCAAAAAAGCAAAAGAUGGAGAUCCUAAAAUGUGAAGGCACUAAAAGGCAAAGAACCCAAGUUUCUUUUGGUGUGAGUAAGCCUCCUGAGGCUAAUGUUCCAUCGAAGCCAUCAAUGCUAGUAAAAUUCGGCAAGCAGAGGCCAGCAAUAUCUUCUGAUGAUCAAAGGUGGAAAAAGCAGAAGUUGGACAGCAAUUUAAAACUUGAGUGCACUAAGAUUUUGAAAGCAUUGAUGAGUCAUAGUUUGGCACGGGCAUUUAAUGAGCCAGUUGAUCCAGUGAAGCUGAAGAUUCCUGAUUACUUCGAGAUAAUAAAGAACCCAAUGGACUUGGGGACAAUCAAACGUAAACUGGAGAAAAAUAUGUACUCUGGUGCCAAGGAAUUUGCUGCUGAUGUGCUCCUGACUUUUGAAAAUGCAAUGUCAUAUAAUCCUCCUUCACACCAAGUUCAUUGCUGGGCAGAGAUAUUGGAUGGUUAUUUCAGGAUGAGGUGGAAAUCAGUAGAUGCAAGACUGAAGCAUACCAACAAAAGUUAUGAAAACACCAGGAAAGUUCUAGAAGACAAUCACCAAAUUUUGAAGCCAGUUGGUCAGAUGAAAGCUCCUGUGCCUGAAAAACUUGGCAACUCAAGGCGGAUAUCACUAGAGGAAAAACAGAAGUGCAGAUCAGGUCUUGUGCAAGCCAAGCCUGGAAAAACAGCACUAGUUGGAUGCUCAUCAUUGAGCAGAACUGCUGACAAAGUGCAUUGUAGUCAACGAGCUUCGGCAUCUGCCAACCUUGGCCAAUCAAUUGACUCCAAGCCUGUAUGUCAAGAACCAAAUGAUUGUGAUGUCAAAUGUACUUCAACAUCUCUUGCAAACAGCUCUGUUCUAGGUUCAGAUGGUUGUCGGGUUGUUCCAAAUGAAGAAAAAAGUCCUUGUUCAACAUCUGCAACUACUACUGAAUCUGGUGAAGGCUGGAUGGCUGAUGUCCAAAUGUCGCCAAAGAAGGCCUUGCGGAUUGCAAUGCUGAAAAGCCGCUUUGCAGAUACUAUUUUCAAAGCUACACAUCCGACACCUGUGAAUCAUGAUGAGAACUCUGAUAUUUCACGAAUGCAACAAGAAAAACUGCGCCUGGAGAUAGAACAGCUGAAAGAGAAAACCAGGGUUGAAGCAGAAAUCAAAGCUGCUGAAGAGGCCUUUCGAAGGAAGGAGUUAGAUGACUUAAGGAUGCGUCGUGAGAGAGAAAGAAAAGCUGCAAGGAUGGCAUUAGAGAAGAUGGAAAAAACGGUUGAGAUCUAUAGCCCUCCAAGUCUGUUGAAAGAUAUGGAUGUCCUGUUUGGUCGGUAUCCAAAUCCAAAGUAUUUGCAGCGAUUUGGCUUGUACUUGAAGGAGGAGUACGCGGAUGAAUAUGAAGAUGAAGAUGUCAAUAUCCAAAAUUCAGAGUCUUUGAAGGAAAGCAGCUUGUACGUGAAGGAGAAGUACUUGGAAAAAGCUGAUGCUGAAGAGGGAGAAAUUUUGUAGUUGUAGAAUUGAAAACAAACCAAGAAAUUGUUGAGUGUAUAUACAUUGAAGAUUUUAAUCUAUAAAAAAGGUCAUUCGGCAUCGA